AUGACGAGUCUAUUUGAGAAAAUAAUUAUUUUGCAAAAUCUUGAGCCGAUUGAAAUUCCUCAUAUUGAAUGGAAUCAAAUGGAUAUUAAUCAUUUAUCAAGAAUUCAAUUGAUUGCUAAUUAUCUUCAAUCAAUCUAUCAUAACAAAAUCAACCAAGUAGAUAUCAAUGAACAAACAUUGACAAAAAUUGAUACAGUUACUUGUUCAAAACUCUUACGAAAACAAUUUAUCGGCGAAAAAGAUGAUAAACAAAUCAGUUGGACACAACUAAAAAUUUUAGUGACAAUAUAUCAUUAUUUAUUUACGGGUUUCUCCAAAUCUGGCUAUUUUCUUUCUGAAUUUACAAAAGAUUCAUCACUUUGUAUGGAUAUUCUUCAACAUUUACUCAACUCAUCUGAUCAAUUUACAUCUUUGUCAGUUGAAUCUGUACGGAAAAAAUCAACGUUCAAAAAAUAA